AGUCUGUUCAGUUACACUCGAAGGUUCAGCUGUGUAACAAGCUUCUAGGCAUUAAGAAAAAGAAGAAUCGGUGAAACAGAAAACAGAAAACAAAAAACGGUUUAAAUCGAAGAAAAUUCAAAUUUUAGAAAAUUUUUUUAUAUUUUUUUUUAAUUUAAAAGCUUUAAAUAAUGGCCGACGAAGCACAAGCACCACCCGCCGAAGCUGCACCAGCACCAGCUGAGGGUGAGGCAGCUGCCGCAGGUGAUGCACCACCAGCUGAACCCACUGAGCCCAUUAAGCACACCUAUACCCUAUUCUAUUUCAAUGUUAAGGCAUUGGCUGAGCCGUUACGUUAUCUUUUCGCAUAUGGCGGCAUUGAGUAUGAGGAUGUGCGCGUAACCCGUGAUGAAUGGCCAGCAUUGAAGCCGACUAUGCCUAUGGGUCAAAUGCCUGUUUUGGAAGUCGAUGGCAAACGUGUUCAUCAGAGCAUAUCAAUGGCACGUUUUCUAGCUAAAACUGUUGGUUUGUGCGGUGCCACACCCUGGGAAGAUCUACAAAUUGAUAUUGUUGUUGAUACCAUCAACGAUUUUCGUCUAAAAAUUGCAGUCGUCUCCUACGAACCAGAGGAUGAAAUCAAGGAAAAGAAAUUGGUCACAUUGAACAAUGAAGUCAUUCCAUUCUAUUUGGAGAAAUUGGAACAAACCGUUAAAGAUAACGAUGGUCAUUUGGCAUUGAACAAGCUUACCUGGGCUGACAUUUACUUCGCUGGUAUUUUGGAUUACAUGAACUACAUGGUUAAACGCGACAUUUUGGAACAAUAUCCAGCAUUGCGCGCAGUUGUCGAUACCGUUAACGCCAUGGAACCCAUUAAGGCAUGGAUCGAAAAGAGACCACAAACUGAAGUUUAAGUUUAUUGAUUACUAAAACCAUUUGAAGAAAUGAAAACUCCUAAAUGAUGAAAAAGAAGAAAAAAAGCAAUUAACAUUUUUUUUCAUACAUUAUACAA